AUGGCUUCUGCAAACGUCUUCGAUCUCUACAGCACUCAGGAGGAAGAAGAAGUUCCCUUGGUACGAAAGAAGAGAUUGACCAGGAAACAUGACGGGGACCCCAGUCAGAUGCCUUCGGCCAAGAAGAACCGAGCCACCGUUCCUUCGAAGGAUGGGCCCUCUGGUCAAACAUCUGCCCAGCCUCCUGCUCCUCUCGAGAAGGAAAUUCCACCUCCACCUGCUCCUGCUACCACGACUUCUUCACCUCCGGCCCCUACUGAACAGGCUCAACAAGCUAAGGGUGCUCCCCCUGGGGCUAAACUAUCGAGCCACUCCCUAAGGUCGGCCAAGGAUCGCCUUGCUCACAUUCUUAAGCAUGACCGCUGCAAAGAGGCCAUGGCUGAAGCAGAAACAAUGGGAGCAAUGCUGACCAUGACGGUUGCUCGUGCCCGCGCGGGUGCAAGCGUCGAGCAGUCUUGUGCUAGGGAGUUGAAGCUAAUGGAGGAGCUUCGAGCCGCGGAGGCAAGGCACGCGGGAGAGCUGGAGGUGGUGACCCAGCAGAAGGAUUCUCUGGCUGCGGAUCUGGUGGAGAAACAGGCCUCUUUGGAAAGUGCGAGAAAACAAAGAGAGGAAUACCAGGAGGCCAGUUGA